AUGAACAAUCGACCUGUCAUUGAGCGUGAUUAUGAACACAAAUUUAGUGCUUCAGCAUUUGUCAACUAUUACUAUUCUGUUAACAAUACAAAUCCACCAUCAAUCUACUUUGAAUUUUUUUCAUCGACAGUCUUAAAAAUAUUGCAAAAAUAUCGCUAUAAGUUCAGUCAACGUAACGAUCAUAGUAAAGUCUUGGAAUUUGGUGGUGGUCCCAAUCUAUGGCCAUCAUUUCUUUUGGCUCAAUAUUUUGAUGAAAUAUGGUUUUGUGAUUAUACGCCAGCUAAUUUGCAAGCUGUUCGAGAUUGGAUCAAUCAUGCUCCAAGUGCACACAACUGGACACUCUAUUUCACGGCCAUAUGUCCAAAAGAUGUUGAUGAAAAACAAUGGGAAAAUAAACUUCGUUUAGCUGUCAGCAAAGAUCGGAUAUUUCGAUGUGAUGUUAAUGAUCCUGAUACACUAAUACAAUGGAAAGAACAGCAACAACCACCGCUAUUUGAUAUUAUAUUUAGUAGCCUUACAUUCGAAGCUGCAUGCCUUUCGAUCGAUCAUUUUAUUCAAACAAUUAAACGUUUAUGGAAUAUGUUAAGGCCGGGUGGUAUGAUGUUAGUAUGUUCUACUAAAAAUGAAACAAAUUAUAUGGUUGGCAAUGAAAUAUUUCCCUGUAUACAGCUUAAUGAAGAAAAUGUUACAGAAGCAUUUCUCAGCAAUGAUUUACCAAAACCAGAAAUUAUUGUGGAACAUAAUAUAGCAAGCGAAAUCAUAUGCAAAGGAAGUCAGCUUAAUGGAUUAAUGGUUUAUUAUGUUUUCAAGCAGUAG